AGCGUCGACAACUCACUGCAAGAAUCGCGACAAUGAAGAAGCAGCGCGUGACGACAGGACGUACCAGCGCAUCCCACGCCCUGCUGCCACCGGAUGCUGUUCAGCGUAUUGCCCUCUUCAUCCCAGACGCGUUGGACUUCUUCAACUACAUGGACGCUUUCCAGGGCACGUCGACUUCGCUUGGACACCUGCAACAACUGUGGACUGCUUCCUUUUACGCACGAUUCCACAUGCUGUGGCCGGAAUUGCAUCUCGACCACGUGAGCGCGCCGAAGGUAGCGAGUCUUGAGCCGGAUCGAUCGUAUUUUGAACGAAUACACGUCCACGCGGUCUUUGACUUGGACGUCCUGCGCAACUGCACGGCCUUGACGAGAGUGAUUUCGCUAUACACCUGCCCUUUAGCCAACGAAAUCGACGUGCCAUUGCAUGCAUGGUAUCGCCAACUAGCAGCGCUGCCAAUUGACCACAUCACGUGGCUGCAAGGACAACUGAUUGGUCGGCCCCAGUCCAUGAAUCCGCUCUUGAAAGUCCUGCCUUCAAUGGUCCAUCUCACAUCGCUCGACCUCAGCCACUCCUGCGUAUCGUCGCUGGACGAUCUUUUUGCUUACAUUCGCGACUCCAAACUGACCCAGCUGUGCCUUCAGGACGUCACAACGGUGGAUCCUGCAACCUCUGAACCCGUACCAGGCUCGCUCUCUCGACAGAGUGUCAACUCCAUCACCCACUGGCUUGCAACGCAACCAGUGACAAGAUUUAGUCUAGGAAAUUGGACGAUGCCGACCACCCCGAAAGUUCUUUCACAAUUCUACCACGCACUGUGGACGUGCCCAUCACUGUGGGCAUUUUUCGCUCACAAAGAGCCCUUCCCCAGCCUCAGUUCCUUCGACUUUUCCGUCCCAUUCGCUCUGCAUCAACUCAGCCUUACGCAAUGCGACUUAACAAGCGAAGACGUGAGCCAUCUCGCACGCGGGCUCGCCGAAUCGACUGUCACUUGGCUGAACUUGUCCGACAAUCCUCGCAUUGGAAGCAGUGGCGUCCGUGCGCUGGCAACGACUGCCCUACGCACGUCUGCAGUGACCAUGCUCUGUUUGAACCACGUAACUAUGGGGUCACUUGGAUGCAGCCACUUGGCGCACGUCCUGGGGGACACACGAGUCACGGAACUGUGUGUGGAUUCCAACGGCAUUGGCGAUGGCGGUGCGCUGUUUCUCGGCUACGUGAUGCGAAUGUCACCGUCGCUGCGGUCGCUGUCCAUGCAACACAACGCGAUUUCGAUUUCCGGAGCGAUGGGCCUCCUGCAGUCGCUCUCAUCUCGGACGGUCACAUCCGCGUCGCCCCUUGUAAUCGACUUGGACGGCAACCCGAUCGACGACGUCGACCAAAACUCGCUCGACGUGAUGGCGUCCAAGCAAUUACCUCACGACGCUAUUUUUUCAUGCGUCUCUGACUUUGAAGGACCACACCAGUCUGUGUGGUAGAAAUAACACUUGAACUGACGAACACGCUAG